AUGUCGUCAGAAGCCACUGCCGAACUGUACAGGGACGUCCCAAAGGCGGAUCUGCUCACCAUUGACUUUGCCAACCUCUUCGACAAGGACCCCAAGGAGCUCGCCAAGCUGAUUCGCGCCUGCGAGCGGGAUGGCUUCUUCUACAUUGACCUACAGAAUCCGAGCUCCGCCAACUUCUGGAGCGACCUCUUUCGUGCGGACGAGAUCACGAAGAAGUGGUUCGCCCUGCCUGAGGAUUUGAAGCUCCAGACUCCGACCGUUUCCCUCGCGCACGGGUUCAAGGCGGUAGGGAACCAAUCUGGCGCCAUUGAGUCCCACCGGGAUGGCUUCGAAGCUCUCAAGAUCGGGAAGCACGAGCUGAGCGGCCGCUGGGCCCUCGCCCCCGUCGUCCGUGAGCACCUUGCGCUGUUCGACCACGUCACCGCAUCGUGCCACUUCAUCUCCAAGCUCCUGCUCGACUGCCUGUCCGACGGGCUCGGUCUCAAGGGCGAGGCCCGUCUCGAGACGCACCACCGCGACGACUGCCGCUCCAAGUCGACCCUCUACUUCCUGCACUACCCCCCCGGCGACCAGAACCCCGAUCAGGUGGGCCAGAACAUGCAUACGGACAUUGGCACGCUGACGAUCCUCUGGGCGCCGCAAUGGGGGCUCCAGGCCUUCGCGCCCGGGACGGGUACGUGGGAGUACAUCGAGCCCCGCCCGGGCAAGAUCAUCGUCAACGUCGGCGACACGCUGCGCUUCCUGUCGGGUCGGCGGUUCAAGUCGGCCCUGCACCGCGUGCUGCCCAUUGGCGGGGUCCAGCACGAGGACCGCUACGCGACAUCGUACUUUCUGCGGGCCAACGACUCGACAGAGUUUGAGGACAGCAACGGCCAGGACUCGGACGCCAAGUCGUGGUACCUCCAAAAGUACCAGAUGUACGAGAUGCCGCACGAGAUCCAGAAGCAGCGGACUGUGCUGUCGGGCGGCAUGGCGCAGGAGCUCAAGGCGAGUUUCUGA